UCUUCUAUAAAACCCCAGCAAACCCUCUUUGUCUCUUCACUCUCUGCUCAUUUUGCUGCGGCUAGGUUAAGCUACCAUUCCAUCUCUAGCCUUCAGAAGUAAUCUGCCAUGGGUAAGGAGAAGGUUCACAUCAACAUUGUGGUCAUUGGCCAUGUUGACUCCGGAAAGUCAACCACCACUGGUCACUUGAUCUACAAGCUUGGAGGUAUUGACAAGCGUGUGAUUGAGAGGUUCGAGAAGGAGGCUGCUGAAAUGAACAAGAGGUCAUUCAAGUAUGCCUGGGUGCUUGACAAACUCAAGGCCGAGCGUGAGCGUGGUAUCACCAUUGAUAUUGCCUUGUGGAAGUUUGAGACGACCAGGUACUACUGCACUGUCAUUGAUGCUCCCGGACAUCGUGACUUUAUCAAGAACAUGAUCACUGGUACCUCACAGGCUGACUGCGCAGUUCUUAUCAUCGACUCCACCACUGGUGGUUUCGAAGCUGGUAUUUCCAAGGACGGACAGACUCGUGAGCAUGCCUUGCUUGCUUUUACCCUUGGUGUCAAGCAGAUGAUUUGCUGUUGUAACAAGAUGGAUGCCACUACCCCCAAGUACUCCAAGGCCAGGUACGAUGAAAUCGUGAAGGAAGUCUCUUCCUACCUGAAGAAGGUCGGGUACAACCCUGACAAGAUCCCCUUUGUCCCCAUCUCUGGUUUUGAGGGUGAUAACAUGAUUGAGAGGUCUACCAACCUCGACUGGUACAAGGGUCCAACCCUCCUCGAGGCUCUUGAUCAAAUCAACGAGCCCAAGAGGCCCUCAGACAAGCCCCUGCGUCUUCCACUUCAGGAUGUGUACAAGAUUGGUGGUAUUGGAACUGUCCCAGUGGGUCGUGUGGAAACCGGUGUCCUCAAGCCUGGUAUGGUUGUUACAUUUGGCCCCACUGGACUGACCACUGAAGUUAAGUCCGUUGAGAUGCACCAUGAAGCUCUCCAGGAGGCUCUUCCUGGUGACAAUGUGGGUUUCAACGUUAAGAACGUUGCUGUGAAGGAUCUGAAGCGUGGUUUUGUUGCAUCUAACUCCAAGGAUGAUCCUGCCAAGGAGGCUGCUAACUUCACCUCUCAGGUCAUCAUCAUGAACCACCCUGGCCAGAUUGGUAACGGAUAUGCUCCAGUGCUCGACUGCCACACCUCCCACAUUGCUGUCAAGUUCUCUGAGAUCUUGACCAAGAUUGACAGACGAUCUGGUAAGGAGCUUGAGAAGGAGCCCAAGUUCUUGAAGAAUGGUGAUGCUGGUAUGAUUAAGAUGAUUCCCACCAAGCCUAUGGUUGUUGAGACUUUCUCAGAGUAUCCACCACUUGGUCGUUUUGCUGUUAGGGACAUGAGGCAGACUGUGGCUGUUGGUGUCAUCAAGAAUGUUGAGAAGAAGGACCCAUCAGGUGCUAAGGUCACCAAGUCUGCAGCCAAGAAGAAGUGAACUGGGUUGGCCCAUGUUACUCCUUCCGCAGAUAGAGUCAAUUUUAAUUAUAGAAAUUACAAAAACUUGGUUUUUUUUGGUACUUUCUUAAUUCGUUGUUUGGUUGGUUUUGUACUUUAUAGUGUGUUGCCUUCAAUUUUGAGUAGCCUCUGCCAGAAUUGGGUGCUUGACAGGCGGUGGCACAUCUACACUACAGAGUCUCCGUUUUUAUACUUUGUAUGUUAUUCUUGUAUUGUCAUGGAUUGAGGUGGUUUGGUUCACUGAAUCAGCUCAGAAGUUUUGUGUUUCUGCGGAAUUAAUAUCUUGUUCUUAUUUUCAAAUACUUCGACUAUUUAUGGUUU